AUGGUCCCUACGCAUACUACGGUCAGAGCAGACAACAUACCCUAUGAGCAAAUCUGCUGGAGUGAAAUAGUAUGGGGGCGGGAGGUGGGAAUCGCGGGUCUCGACGGUCUUGCGUUUGUGGGGAGGAGGUUAUUGGCGGAGUCGACUUGGGAUUCGAGUCGAUGUUGGUAUCGGUCGUAUCGGUCGAUCGUACUUGCUCGGUCGGGAUCAGAGAGGUGCGAGGAGGGAGGGCGGCCGUGUGCGGAUCGUCGGAGGGGCUCGUCGCGACCAAGUCACCCCAAGCAUGCAAGUCGAACCACAACCAACGUCCAGAGAGGCAGACCUCAGUCGCAAGCAGCGAAGAACUCAGAACAACAUCAGCGCUCGAUCUGGCUGCGAAGGUGCGCUGGCGCGGCGACAAAAGUGGCCAGCGUGCUGGACGCAACUCCAGGAGCUGGUCACGCUCGACCUGACCCGAAGGCCAAGGAGCUACCAGCAACGAACACGUUGACGCCCAUUUGGAUGCACGACUGGGUGCACCAGUGCCGCACUCCCGACUAA